ACAGAUUUUUUUAAGAAAUGCCGCUAAAUCUGUAAUUUAUUAAUCCUUAAUUUGUUCUAGAUGCCAGUAUUCUUUUCCCGUGUUUCGUCCAUUGUUAUUUGUUAUUAUUUAAAGACAACAUUUCAAAUUUAAACAUGUUGUAAAUGUGUUACAUCACAAAAAUGAAUUAAUACAAAAUGAAAUAUGUUUUAGUAAAAAAAAAAACAAUGAAUUCACCUCAGGGAAAAAGAAUAACAUAUAAAAGAAGGAGGCCAAAUCAAUAUUUUGAGAAAUGUCUUAAAAAUCUGUGGCUUGAUGCACAAGCAAAAAAAAGCAAGCAUGAACCAAUGUUUAGAACAGCAUUGACCUCCCUGUCCCAAUAUCCAUUACCUUUGAAAUCUGGAGCCGAUUGUGCAAUUCUUAAAGGGUUUAAUAAAAAUAUUUGUUUAUAUUUGGAUCAAUAUUUGAAAAAUUGUGAAUGUAUAAGCUCAAAAAAUAGUUCAGAAGUAAUAAAUAUUGAUGACAAUGAUCCAUCUAGUGCCAAUGAAGAAUUGGAAAAGGUUACAGAUGAAAAUCAAUUAGUUAUAUCUCCAAACCAAAAUGAAAGAAUUACCUAUAAGCCAACCUUUAGAUCAGGUGGCUAUGGAAUACUUAUGGGCUUAUUAGAACAUUCAAAGAAAAACACAGGAAUUUAUUUAAAAAAAUGUGAACUGAUUGAAAUAGCUCAAAAGUAUUGUGAAGAUUCACUCACAGUGCCUAGGUCUGUAAGGUAUUCUGCUUGGUCAAAUAUGGCUAGAUUAAUAAGUAAAGGUCUUGUGAAAAGAGUUAAGCAUAAAAAUGCAGAAUAUUCUCUGACAAAAGAUGGCACUAUAUUGGCAAAUAAGUUGUGGGAAGAAAACAAAGAUAAACCUUCUAUUAAUAAUACGAUAUUUCACAAAUCACCACCUCAAGAAACUAGAAGUACAACUACAUGUCCCUUACAAGAACCGAUCAGGAAAGAGAAACCUUACAUAAGAAGUAAUGGGGAUGGCAGUAGUGAUACAGAAAGUGUUUCACAAUUAACUACAAGUAUAAUUAAAAUGGAACCAAAUUCAUUUGAUAUUGUAUUAAUAAUUGAUAAAAACGAAACUCACGGAAAUUCAAACACACCUGAUCCAUUUUGUGUUUAUACUGAUCUCAAUUAUGAAGCAAGAAGUCUCAAAGUGGGAGAUUUUACAUGGAUUGCAAGACACAAGACCAAUGGAACUGAAUUAGUUCUACCUUAUAUUGUGGAAAGGAAGAGGAUGGAUGAUUUAGGAGCAAGUAUUAAAGAUGGAAGAUUUCAUGAACAAAAAUUUAGAUUACGAAAAUGUGGUUUGGAUCAUGUUAUAUAUUUAAUUGAAUCUUAUGAUAAGAAUAAACAUGUUGGAUUACCAUUGCCAACUCUUCUACAAGCUCUUGCUAAUACGAGAAUUCAAGAUGCAUUUAAAGUAUAUGCAACUGAUUCAUUGGUAAAGACUAAUAGAUUUUUGGCUAUGAUGACAAAGAGAUUAGAAGAUGAAUACAAGGGUAAAUUUCUGCAGGGCUCCAGCACUGACGUAGCUAAUGGAAUGCUGAUGACUUUUGAGUAUUUCAAUAAAUCAUCCAUCAAAAGUAAGGUUCUAACUGUUACAGAAAUGUUUAUAAAAAUGCUGCUUCAGCUAAAAGGAAUGUCUGUUGAAAAAGCAUUAGCGAUAACAAAUGUGUACAAAACACCAAAAUCUCUUAUUACUGCAUAUGAAAAUUGUUCUCAAAGGGAAGGAGAAUUUUUACUUGCCAAUUUAAAAUAUGGCGACCUAAAUCGUAAUGUUGGUCCCAAUGUAAGUCGUGCUGUAUUCCAUUUAUUUACAUUUUAGCCUAUUUAAAAAAAUGAUUUUUUUGAUUAUCACAAGCUUAGUAGCUAAAGAAUGUAAAAAAAUCAUGUGUUAAGUUAUAUAAAACUACGUAAAUAAAGAUUCUUACUCAACACGGUAUUUUAAAAGUAUUCAUAUCAAUAUUUUGUAAUAUAAAUAAAACAACAUUAUUGUUUAAACAUUUAUUAAACACAACUAUUGAAUGUGACAUGAGAGAUGUCCAAGUAAUCUAAUAUAAAUAGUUCAGAUUUAAGAGCACUUUAGGAUGGAAUCAACUUUCGUCAGUAUAAAACAAGGGUAAAUAAUUUGACAGGAUAGUUUGGCGACUGUUUUAUUUGAGACUCAAUAAAAAA